GUGCCUCCUCGAUCCCGUGGUACCUUGCGGCGCGGCCCGGCUCCUCUUCCGGUCAGAGCACCCAGGGCGUAGAGGGCGGUCGCGGCGGGCACGGCGGCGCCAGGUUAAGAAGCACCCGCGGCGGCUGUCUUCAAAACUGGGGAUGUUGGCCACCAGAGUAUUUAGCCUGAUUGGCAAAAGGGCAUUUUCUACCUCUGUGUGUGUUCGAGCACAUGGAAGUGUUGUGAAGAGUGAAGACUACGCUCUCCCAAUUUAUGUGGAUCGCCGUGACUACCCCCUGCCCGAUGUGGCCCAUGUCAUGAACCUCUCUGCCAGCCAGAAGGCCCUGAAAGAGAAGGAGAAGGCCCCCUGGAGCAGCCUCUCCAUUGAUGAGAAAGUUGAAUUGUAUCGCAUUAAGUUCAACGAGAGCUUUGCUGAAAUGAACAGGAGCACCAACGAGUGGAAGACCGUGGUGGGUGGAGCCCUGUUCUUCAUUGGCUUCACUGCUCUCCUUCUAAUCUGGGAGAAGCGCUAUGUGUAUGGUCCCAUUCCACACACCUUUGAUGAGGACUGGGUGGCCAUGCAGACCAAGAGGAUGCUGGACAUGAGGGUCAGCCCCAUCCAGGGCUUCUCUGCCAAGUGGGACUACGACAAGAACGAGUGGAAGAAGUAAGGAGCCUCCGCUCCUGUGUUUGAGCCUCCCGUCAUUCUGUUGCCUCUGUGUGCACUGCAUAUUUACCAGAAACCUCUAUGUCACAGCAGCAGUGCUAAUAAACAAGCAGUUUACUUGGAA